UUGCUUAUAUUGCAAAUAGUUGCAGAAUUGUGGGUGCCCUUGCAAUAGUAAUAUAGAAGCGAGAUUUACAUAUUUAUUUUAAAAUUAUAUAUAUUUUAAUCCCAAAGGUUUAAAUAUUGUGAUUUUGAAAUCUUCAACUUUCGUAUGAAAAUGAUUUCUGUAACAAAAUUUUUGCUUCUAUUUGUCUUUACCUUCAUCAUUUUAAAAAUAACUAACGGUUAUGAAUCAUAUAAGUUCGGUACAAUCGAGGAUCACACCAAUGGCAUGACUACUAUGGUACCUUAUUUUGUGAGAAACUGCAUAAAAGAAGUGGAAAAACGUGGAAUGAAAGAAGAAGGAUUGUAUAUGACAAACGGCAAUUUAAAGACGAUUAAAAUAUUGCUAAAAUUACGUUUUAAGAAUAAUGUAGAUUUAUCGGAUUUUGAUAUUCAUGAUAUUAUCGGAGCACUUAAAACAUAUCUUCGAACACUGUAUGGACGAGUAAUUAAUAAACACGAUGGACAGUCUUUAUUAUUCUAUAAUGAAUUACCAUCAGCUAUUAAGGAAUUGAAGUUGAAAAAUUUAAUUUCCCAAAAGUUAAAACAACCAAAUCGUGAUACUCUCGCUUUUUUGAUUUUACAUUUGCAAAAGGUAAUUGAAACACCAGAAAAUAAACUGAAAAGCUCACAUCUGGCUUCAAUUUUUGGUCAAACUUUAUUCAGUAAUGUUAACUUAAAGGAUAAGAGAAUUUCAAUAAUAUCUCCUAAGAGAAUUAAGGUCGUUGAAGAAUUGUUAAAAUUUCCAUCCAGUUUCUGGACACAGUUAUUGGGUAAAAAUUCUCCUAAAGCUUCUCCCUCGGCUUCUCCAAUAAAUAGUGAUUUAGAAGAUUCAGAAGAAACAAAAGAGUCGUAUAAUUCAGAUGAAUCUUCUACAUACGAAUGAAGAAAGAAUGCGAAGCUUAAUAAAGCAACAUUUAUAAAUAAAUGUAUAAAUAAGAUUUUGUUCUUAUUAAUAAAAAAAUUAUAAUUACAUUAAAGUUUUUAUGUGAAA